ACCAAAUCAAGGACUCCCAAUGCAUGUCCUGGAUCCAAUAUCUUCUCUUCUGCACGCCCCCCGACGACCAUGUAUGCAACCACAAUUAUGCCGGCAAAGGUACAGAAGACGACCCGUACAUUGUCGAUUACCUACACAACGACCCGCAAGAUGCCAUGAAUUUUUCCUAUGGGCGGAAAAGGGCCAUUGCCAUUCUCCAGUCCCUGUCCACGUUUGUGGUGACCUUUUCCAGCUCGGUGUACGUCAGCAGCAUUGGAGGCAUUGAGAAGCGCUUUAUCGUGUCCGGGGAGGUGGCCACGCUGGGCUUGUCGCUGUUCGUGUUAGGAUUCGCCGUGGGACCGCUGAUCUGGGCGCCUCUCUCAGAGAUGUACGGGCGCAGGGCCAUCUAUGUGGUUUCGUUCAUGGCGUACACGGCGUUCAGCGUGGCGGCGACCUGCUCGCCCAACAUCACGGCCUUGUUGGUUCUUCGCUUCUUUGCGAGCGCGUUUGGUUCGUCGUCGAUGACGAAUACCGGGGGCGUCAUUGCCGAUAUGUUCAGCAAGUCGCAGCGUGGACUGGCGACCGGGUUGUUUGUCACGGCUCCGUUUCUGGGACCUGCACUGGGCCCCAUUGCCGGUGGUUUUCUUGCUGAAACUCAGGACUGGCGCUGGCCCCUCGGUUUAAUCGCCAUCAUGGGCGGCGUGGUCUGGAUUAUCACGACGCUGACCACUCCCGAAACAUACGCGCCGUUCAUUCUGCGAUGUCGAGCCAAGGCCCUCUCCCGGAUGACAGGAAGCGUCUAUGUACCCCGGAUGAAUGCGGGACACCCGCCCAAGACAUUCUCACAGGAGCUCUUGGUCUCUCUCACGCGCCCCUGGAUCUUUCUGUUCCGCGAACCCAUUGUCUUGCUGACAUCGCUGUACGUCUCAAUCGUCUAUGGCACACUGUACAUGUUCUUUGCCGGGUUCCCCAUCGUCUUCCAAUAUACUCGAGGCUGGAGCCAGGGCAUCGCCGGACUGCCGUUUGUCGGCGUGGCCAUUGGCGUGUGUCUCGCCACGCUGGCGGCUGGCGUGGACAACAAACACUACGUGCGGCUGUGCGCGGAGGCCGAAGCAGGCGGAGGCACCGUCGAGCCAGAGGCCAGACUGAGCACAGCCAUGGUAGGCUCUUUUGUAAUUCCGACGGGCCUGUUUCUGUUUGCGUGGACGACGUAUCCAUCGGUGCAUUGGAUCGUGCCCAUUAUCGGCGCUGUGAUCUUCUCCUGUGGUCUGGUCAUGGUCUUCAUCUCGCUGAUGAGCUACCUCGUCGACUCUUAUACCGUGUAUGCUGCCUCUGUACUGGCAGCCAACUCGGCGCUGCGGUCCUUAUUCGGCACCGCGUUUCCGCUAUUCACCACCCAAAUGUACGAGAAUCUCGGAAAUCAAUGGGCGAGCUCCAUUCCUGCGUUUCUGGUUCUGGCAUGCGUGCCUUUUCCGUUUCUAUUUCACAGGUAUGGUGCGCAGAUACGUGCCAAAUCUAAGUAUUCCCUCGAAGCAGCAAAGGUGUUGGAGAUGAUGCGUCGUCAGCCAGACGGCGUGGUGGAAGGUGAGUCAAACGGGCCAGAGAAGAAGGCUCACCAGGCUGUUUAG